GAAAUUGAAAGAGGGGCCCAAGGCCCAGAUUCCCCUUAGACAGUCUGUCUCGGGGUGGGUUGUUCCUACCUUCCUUAUAUUAUGCCUCUUCCUCACUGAAACUCUCUCUCACUAUCUCUUUCUUUCUCUUAAUUUUUGAGUAUUAUUAUAUGUAGUUGUAGCUUUGUUCUUAAUAAAGAUCAAGUUUUUGGUCCAAAAGUCUUCAAUGGCUUCGAUCGUCGAAUCUGGGUGGCAGUAUCUGAUCACACAUUUCAGUGACUUUCAACUGGCAUGUCUUGGAAGUUUCUUUCUCCAUGAAAGUGUGUUUUUCUUAUCUGGACUUCCUUUUAUAUUUCUUGAGAGGGCAGGCUGGCUGAACAAAUACAAAAUUCAGACCAAAAAUAACAGCCCAGCAGCUCAGGAGAAAUGUAUUACUCGCCUACUGCUUUAUCAUUUUGGUGUCAAUCUUCCAGUUAUGCUUCUAUCAUAUCCCGUCUUCAAAUUCAUGGGCAUGCGUAGUAGUCUUCCAUUGCCGUCCUGGAAUAUAGUUUUUGUGCAGGUUAUGUUCUACUUCGUCCUUGAGGAUUUUAUAUUCUAUUGGGGACAUCGGGUUCUGCAUACAAAAUGGUUAUACAAACAUGUCCACAGUGUCCAUCAUGAAUAUGCUACGCCCUUUGGUCUGACUUCUGAAUAUGCUCAUCCUGCUGAAAUACUUUUCCUUGGUUUUGCUACCAUUGUUGGUCCUGCAAUCACUGGACCCCAUCUGAUUACUCUCUGGUUAUGGAUGGUACUAAGAGUCUUGGAGACAGUUGAGGCACAUUGUGGUUACCAUUUUCCAUGGAGCCUCUCAAACUUCAUUCCUUUGUAUGGGGGUGCUGAUUUUCACGACUAUCAUCACCGUUUGCUCUAUACCAAGUCUGGCAACUACUCGUCAACUUUUACUUACAUGGACUGGAUAUUUGGAACUGAUAAAGGUUACAGAAAGUUGAAAGAACUGCAACAUGUUGGAGACGGAGAUGGAAGCAAGCAAAUGUAGCGAGAGUAAAUUUCUUUUCUAAAUAGCUGGACAUCAAAAAAAUUUCUUCCUGAUUUAACAUGUUGGAGGUCCCGUCCUCUCCUUGCCUUAUCUUGUGUUCAACCGCCUUUUUGUGUUUGAUAGCUGUUCUCAUGUACAGCUUGUGGUUAUGUGGAAUCAGUGGAAAGCUUUCUUAGGACAUGGGUCCUGCUGUUGCUUACAUGAAUGAAGUAGCUGUUCCUUUAUUCUUUCUCCUUUUUCUAUGUUUGAUGCUAAUUCCUUAUAGAUUACUACUGAAGUCACCCAGUUAAUAAUUUGAUUUUGGAUCAUGGAAUCUUGAUUGCGAGUA